CACAAUUACUGCUGAGGAACAGAUCUAUAUUCUUCUGCGAGCUAAAGUACAAUGUGAACUCAAUAUCACCACCCAGCUACAGGAAGAAGGGACAGAAGGAAGUUGCUUACCAGAAUGGGAUGGAUUGGUUUGCUGGUCAAGAGGAAUACCUGGGAAAAUACUUGCUGUCAAUUGCCCUUUCUAUGUGUAUGACUUUAAUCACAGAGGAAUGGUUUAUCGAAAGUGCAAUAUAAACGGAACAUGGGACUUUGUACAAAACUCCAACAGAUCAUUUUCCAACUAUUCUGAGUGCAUCCGCUUCCUGGAGCCUGAAAUGAGCCAUAGCAAAAGGGAUUUUUUUGAAAGGCUUUAUGUCAUGUACACAGUGGGAUACUCUAUUUCAUUUUGUUCCUUAGCCAUUGCUAUUUUCAUCAUCGGUUAUUUCAGGAGAUUGCACUGCACCAGGAACUACAUCCACAUGCAUUUAUUUGUCUCAUUUAUGCUGAGAGCUGCUAGCAUUUUUAUUAAGGACAAAGUGGUUCACACUCAUAUAGGAGUUAAGGAGUUGGAUGCUAUGCUCAUGGGUGACAUUAGGAGCAUAAUGAUGACACCAGUGCUGGAUAAAUCACAAUAUGUUGGAUGUAAAAUUGCCGUUGUAAUGUUCAUUUAUUUUUUGGCAACUAAUUACUAUUGGAUUCUGGUUGAAGGACUCUACCUGCACAGCUUGAUUUUUGUAGCAUUCUUUUCAGACACUAAAUACUUAUGGGGCUUUACGCUUAUAGGCUGGGGUUUCCCAGCUGUAUUUGUAAUAGUAUGGUCAGUGGUCCGUGCUACGUUAGCAGAUGCAAGGUGCUGGCAAACCCUGAUUGGCAGUGUUAAAUGGCUUUAUAACUACCCCAUAAGCGCCAGCUUGGGACUAAAUUUCCUUCUGUUCUUGAAUACAGUGAGAGUCCUUGCAACAAAAAUCUGGGAAUCAAAUGCAGUUGGCUAUGAUGCCAGAAAACAAUACAGGAAGCUGGCAAAAUCCACACUAGUUCUGAUCCUGGUCUUUGGUGUCCAUUAUAUUGUGUUUGUGUGUUUACCGCACACAUUUACUGGGUUAGCCUGGGAAAUUCGAAUGCACUUUGAACUAUUCUUCAACUCAUUUCAGGGUUUUUUUGUAUCAAUAAUAUAUUGUUACUGCAAUGGAGAGGUUCAAACAGAAAUUAAGAAAACAUGGACCAGAUGGAAUCUUGCUUUUGACUGGAAAAGCACAACACACUGUGGUAACUUCAGGUAUGGAUCUGUCCUGACAAAUAUGACCCACAGCACUAGCAGCCAGUCACAAAUGGUAACCAACUCUCGUAUGGUAUUGAUCUCCAGCAAAGUCAGUCGAAGUGUCAGCAAACAAGUUGAUGGACAUAUUAAUUUGCCUGGGUAUGUUAGAAGUAAUUCUGAUCAGGAAUGUUUGCCUCAGUGGAUCCAAGAAGAGGCCAACGCGGAUGACGAAAAACAAGUUGAUGAUAUAUCCUUAAAGGAAACAUUAAGGCCAUUACAAAUGAACACCAAGGCUGAGAUCAACAGAAAUCAUUUGGAAGAAACACUGUAAUCAAUAUGACCCCAAGAAUA